CAUUUCUUUUACUUUCUUUCCUCCACCACACACGAUUAACAAUGAAGAAGCACGACAACACCACUACCAUUAAAAGUAACAACAGAAGACCCAACAAUCCUGCGGUCAACAGAAAACAGAAACCCGCCCUGUCUGCAAAACAAAAGCUUAUCAAAGCAAGUGCUGAACAACGCUUGCAAUCGCAAGAGCUGGCAUUUUCCUGGCAGGAGAAACUCUUUUCCAAACGUCAAAUUUCGCUUCACCUGCUGCGACAGGCUGCGGCGAUCUUACAGCCACAAACUUACGACGAGGUUGUUGAAGAACGUGCCGUCCAAGACUAUUGCGGAUACCCAUUAUGCGAUCGUACGCCGCAGAAAAAUCAGCCACGGUAUAGAAUCUCCUUGUCGCAGCGCAAAGUCUACGAUCAAUCCGAACUGGCAUCGUAUUGCUCUGAUGAUUGUAUGCAGAAAUCAAAGUAUUUCAGAAUGCAACUGUCUGAAGAGCCUGUAUGGUUCCGUGAUUUGCAAGUGCCACCGCCGAUUCAGAUUGUUUUACCGAGUGAAGAUCUAAAGAAAGUGCUGCAGAGAGAAAAGGAGGAUAAAAGAAAGGACAGGACAGGACAUCAGAUACGAAUUGAUUAUGUACAAAAACUGUUGGAAAACGUGCCUAUUUUACCAACAACGGGGACCUUGACUGCAAAUGUUACUGCAACAUCAUUCGAAACGGACACCGGCAAUGAAAUCCGCAUCAUAGAAAACACCAGUCCGAAUGCCGUACCUCCUAACAUGCCGAAAGAUGGCAUCCAUGACGCUAUCGAAGGCUUCCAAAUUCAAAUGCGACGGAAAAGCGUGGAAGGUCCAACGACACUAGUAUUACAACAUGGAGACCAGGCGGAUGGAGGUGAUGAUAUGAAACCACUAUCACCGACAACAGUGGAUUCGGAAACGGUUGUUUUUGAAGACGAAGAAGCUCUUUUGGAGGAUGCCAUGGAAACGAUGAUGAUGCUGAAGGAUCUUCAAGCGGAUAAACCGGAUGAAAUCAAGCCCAAGGCAUCAGCACCGUCGCACCAAGGUGAACCCCACCAACAGCGAGCACCGGCAAACCAAGCAUUAGAAAUGACAACAAUGACAACAACAUUACCAGUAUCCUCCUCAGAAUUACCAUCAUCUUCGCAACAACAACAGCAGAAACCGAAAGCAGCAGCACCGAAGACCGUCAAAGUUGUAAUACCCGAGAUACCAAAGCCGUCGUCAAAGAAGAAAAAGCGUCAAGUACCAGAGAUGUCACUAUUCGGCAAGAUAUGGACAAUGACGGAUAGGCUGACAACCAAAACUACACGGAGGUACUUUGAAGAAUUAAAAUCGCAAUCCCAGGUCAAUAUGCGCGAACUUUUAUGUGAGGAAGACGACAAUACGAUUCGCGACGAAGUUUCUUUGAUGCGUGGCCAGAUCUUCAGUGAGCGGAUAUUGGAAACCUAUGGACUUGUCCGUGCACAGAUGGGCUUAGAAAACGCGCUGGAAAACGACAUUAUCAAUCUGAUACAAACAUUUCGGUUCGCUGAUGCAUCCAUGGUUGUACUGAAUUCUUCUGAAGCUUAUAUGAUGACCCUGGUUCUGUUCAAGGCACUUGCAGAUGUGACGAUCCAAAACACCUCGUGGCAGCAUAAUUUCGAAGAGUGUUGCAAGGCUAUAGGAGAAAGCGGUGAUAAGGUGGAUGCAUGUGUGCGCGUAUUGCGCGUUGCAAGUACAUAAAAUAAACUUUUUAUGUUCUCUCU